AUUCUUCUAGCGGCCGGAAAAAUUCUGCACCGCCGCACCGCCGCCGUCUGUAUUUGUUCUCAGCCAUGACGUCGACGAAGAGGAAGGAAUCGUCAAAAAGCUUGCUUCUUGGCAGAUACGAACUGGGUAAGCUCCUCGGACAUGGAACCUUUGCUAAGGUCUACUAUGCCCGCAAUGUCAACACCAAUCAGAGCGUUGCUAUUAAGAUUAUCGACAAAGCAAUGAUCUUGAAGGGCGGCCUUAACGCUCAUAUCAAACGCGAGAUCGCGAUGCUCCGCAAAGUUCGCCAUCCCAACAUCGUUCAGUUGUACGAGGUCAUGGCGACCAGGACUAAGAUCUUUUUCGUAAUGGAAUACGUUACAGGCGGUGAACUUCAAAAUAAGCUUUCCAAUGGCCGACUGCCCAGCGAUCUCGCUCGCAAGUAUUUCCAGCAGCUAAUCUCCGCCGUCGCUUUCUGCCACAGUCGCGGUGUCUAUCACCGCGAUCUUAAGCCAGAGAAUAUACUUAUCGACGAGAAUGGCGAUCUUAAAAUCUCAGAUUUUGGACUCGGUUGCCUCGCCGACGAGAAUCGGAAGGACAGUUUGUUCCACACUUUUUGUGGGACGCCGGCGUACAUCGCGCCGGAGGUUCUUACCAGAAAAGGGUAUGACCCAGCUAAGGCAGAUAUAUGGUCUUGUGGGGUUAUCCUCUUCGUACUCAUGGCUGGUUACUUACCAUUCCACGAUGACAACAUCAUGGAGAUGUAUAAGAAAAUUUAUAGAGGUGUAUUUCAAUGUCCAGAAUGGUUCUCGCCUAGAUUGACGCGAUUACUUGCUGGAUUACUUGAUAGAAACCCGGAAACAAGAAUGAAAAUCCCUGAAAUUAUGACCAAAAAGUGGUUUCAGAAGGAUUUCAAUCGUGUAGAAUUCUACAUUGAGGACGAUAAACUUUGCAGUGUAAAAGACGAAUUAGUUGAAUUUGAAUCAAAUUCAGAAACAAAACUUGAGAAUAAGUGGAUUGGAAGCUUGGGAAAGCCUCUAAUCUUGAACGCCUUCGAUAUCAUAUCAUUCUCAAGUGGAUUUGAUCUGUCUGGUUUGUUUGAGGAAGGACGAGAAGAGGGUGAUGGAUUUAGGUUCGUGACAGGCGCUCCAGUCCCAAAGAUCAUAUCCAAAUUAGAAGAAAUUGCUAAAGUGGUGAGCUUUACAGUGAGGAAAAAGGAUUACAGACUUAGUUUGGAGGGAUCUAGGAAUGGGCCAAAAGAGCCAUUAACGAUUGGCGCAGAGAUAUUCGAGCUAACCCCCAAAUUGAGAGUGGUGGAAGUGAAGAAGAAGGGAGGGGAUAAGAUUGAAUACGAGGAGUUCUGUAACAGACAACUCAAGCCUGCUUUACAGAUCCUUAUUGCAGAAGAAGACUCUGUCUGUUGAAUCAUGUUCUAGAUUAGAUUUUUUGUAUUUUUUUGUUCGGAUCAUGAUCCAGAUUAAGUUUGACAUAUAUAUAUUUUU